AUGGGCACGCCGUACGGAUGCUGGCUGAAGGAGCCAGGCCUUUUUGAUGCCAAGUUCUUUGCUCUAAGUCCUCGAGAAGCACCGCAGGUUGAUCCUGCGCAGCGUCUCGCGCUUAUGACCGCGUACGAGGCAAUGGAAUUUGCGGGAUUUGUGCCGGACUCAACACCUUCUAGUCAAUCUGAUCGAAUUGGAGUUUUCUAUGGCACCACGAGCAACGACUGGGGUGAGACAAAUAGCUCGCAGGAUGUUGAUACAUACUACAUUCCUGGCUCAUGCCGAGCUUUCAUACCAGGACGCCAAAACUUCUUCUACAAAUUCAGCGGUCCAAGCUACAGCGUUGACACAGCCUGCUCUUCGGGGCUAGCCGCCCUCCACCUUGCCUGCAACUCACUGCUCAAAGGUGACAUCGACACAGCCAUUUGCGGUGGAACUAAUGUUCUUACCAAUCCCGAUAUCACCGCCGGCCUUGAUCGUGGGCACUUCCUCUCUCGAACAGGAAACUGCAAGACCUUCGACGACGAUGCAGAUGGAUAUUGUCGCGGAGAGGGUGUAUGCACAAUGAUUAUUAAACGACUAGAGGAUGCCAAGGCAGACAAUGAUCCCAUCGUCGCUGUGAUUCUUGGGGCGUACACCAACCAUUCUGCUGAGGCAGAGAGUAUUACUCGGCCGCAUAUUGGGGCGCAGAAGGCUAUCUUCGAGAAGGUGCUUACUUCGGCUGGCGUUGAGCCUUAUAGCGUGGGGUAUGUGGAAAUGCAUGGUACUGGGACUCAGGCUGGUGAUGCCAGGGAGAUGAAGUCCGUUCUGUCGAUCUUUGCGCCUGAGACAGAAAGGCCACGUACUGAUGCUGAGAAACUGUUUUUGGGCUCUGCGAAGGCUAAUGUUGGCCAUGGGGAGUCAGUCUCUGGUCCUAUUGCUAUGAUAAAGUCGCUCAUGAUGCUGGAACGGAACGAGAUACCCCCUCAUUGUGGAAUCAAGACAAAGAUCAACAGUGGCUUCCCGACGGAUCUCACGGAGCGCAAUGUCCACAUAGCUAAGAAGCCUGUUCCAUGGGAAAGGCCGGAAGGUGGUGUACGCCGAAUCAUGAUUAACAACUUCUCCGCAGCCGGUGGCAAUAGCUCUGUCUUGAUCGAAGAUGCGCCAGUCUUUGAGCCCAAAAGCAAGGAGGCUGAUCCUCGCGCUAACCACCUCAUAGCUGUCAGCGCCAAGUCGAGUACUGCGUUGGUAGCUAACAUCAAGUCCUUGUUGUCAUACAUGACUACUACAAAGCCAGCACUCCCCAGUCUAUCAUACACAACGACUGCCCGCCGCAUGCACCACCCAUUUAGGGUCAUGGUAAGUGGGUCCGACCUGUCUGAGGUUCAGGCUCUAUUAGAGAACAAGCUCGUGUCUCCCACGGUUCAAAACCGAACCAGGGCCGCCCAGCGUGUUGCAUUCGCAUUCACCGGCCAGGGAUCGCAAUACAUUGGCAUGGGUGAAAGUCUAAUACACUUCAGUACCUUCCGCAGCGAUAUCGAGCGAUAUGACGGCAUCGUACAAACCCUUGGUUUCCCUUCCUUCUUGCAGUUGAUCGAAUCGAGAAAUGGUGAUAUUUCCGAACUUCCGCCCCUGGUUGUUCAGGUCGGAACGGUAUGUAUCCAAAUAGCCAUGGCCCGUCUAUGGCGAUCUUGGGGAAUAGAGCCCUGUGCCGUGGUCGGCCAUAGCCUCGGUGAGUAUGCAGCACUGAACAUUGCUGGCGUACUUUCUGAAGCAGACACCAUUUUCCUGGCUGGGAAGCGGGCGCAGCUGUUGCAGGAGAAUAUUUCAGCCAACACCCACGCCAUGCUUGCUAUCGGUACCGGUGUGGAGGAAGCGAGAUCGCUGUGUGGGGAUCUGGAAUACGACAUCGCGUGCAUCAACACAUCAAGAGAGACCGUCUUGAGUGGGACGAAUGAGCAGAUCGACCGCAUACUCGAUGUACUGUCUUCUACAAAUCUCAAGAAGACUAGACUUCGUGUUCCGUUUGCAUUCCAUUCUUCCCAGAUGCAGCCCGUGCUUCAGAAGUUCAAGGCCGCUGCAUGGAGUGUUAAAUUCUACGAGCCAAAAGUUCCUGUCAUCUCGCCUCUGCUUGGAGAGGUCAUCACAUCGAAGCAACCAUUUGGACCAGAAUAUCUAGCUCGCCACUGCAGAGAAACCGUCAACUUUGCCGCUGCACUCGAAAGUGCAAAGACGGAUGGAGUCAUCAGCAGUGCACUGUGGAUCGAGAUAGGAGCCCAUCCCAUUGUGUCAGGAUUACUGAGAAACAACCUCGACUCAACACUCAAGACCGUUCCAACCCUGCAGCGUAACAAGGACACCUGGAAGGUACUUACCGCCAGUUUGUCUUCUUUGUAUGAGUCUGGUGUCGACAUCAGAUGGUCCGAAUACCACCGCGACUUCAUCCCGGGCCUUUCAGUCCUACGACUCCCAUCAUAUAACUGGGACCUGAAGGAAUACUGGAUGCAAUAUGUCAACGACUGGUCUUUGUACAAAGGGGAUGCACAGUUCCUAAAGGGGGCACCUGGGCUAUCGACGACCUGCGUCCAUAAGCUCGUCGAGGAGAAGAAGGACGGCAGCAAAAUCACCGUUGUCGGUGAGGUGGAUGUCCUCCGCGACGAUGUGGACCCGUUUGUUCGUGGCCAUCGUGUCAAUAAUCUCCCUCUCGUCACUCCAUCUGUUUAUGCUGAAAUGGCGCUAGUGAUUGGAGAAUAUCUCCGUAAGCAGCAGACCAGACUGUCUGAAGCCCUGGUGGAUUUACAACAUAUGGACGUGCAACGACCUUUUGCGACCAAGAGUAAAGGCAAAGGUCCUCAGCUUUUGCAAUGCCAAGUCGUGCUUGAUUGCGAGACCUUCCAGGGAUCUGUGGAGUUUUGGAGCGUCACACCAGAAGGCAAGAAGCUAGUGAGACACGCAAUCGCUCGCAUCACGUUCCCAGAUGCGAAGGCCGCUCAGGCGGAGGUCCAGCAGCGUGCGGAGAGCAUUCUACAGGAAAUGGAAGACAUGGCUGCAAGAGUCAAUACUGACGAGCGAGUACAAAAGUUCACCGGUAAGACCGGAUACAACUUGGUAUCAUCACUCGCCUCCUAUGACCCCGAAUACAUGGGUGUUUCCUGGGUGCUCCUGGACAGUGCCCGGUUGGAAGCUGUUGCGACUGUUAAAUUCAACAACCCUCGAACAGAUGGAGUCUACCAUGUAAAUCCAUACCUGAUUGAUAAUCUUGGACAGCCGGCUCUCUUCGUUAUGAACGCUAAUGACCAAGCCGAUCUCAGCAAAGAAGUAUUCGUCAACCACGGCUGGAAGUCCCUGCACUUCUACAAGCCGCUGUCAAUCAAUAAUACCUACCGAUCACACGUUCGGAUGAGCGGGCCAGAUGCUGAUGGCCUGUAUGGCGGAGACAUGGUCGUCUUCGAGGGUAAGGAAGUUGUCGCCCUGUACAAGGGUAUAAAGGCACAAGGAGUCCCACGAAGGCUCAUGGAUUAUAUUGUUCACAUGCGAGACGAUACCAAAGCCGGUGCUCCUGCUGGGGGAACUCUUCAUGCUGGCCAUAUUGCUGCACCGAAUUCAGAAGCCGAUCCGUUAACAGAGACUGUCAGUAUAGCUAACGGCCCAGAUAGUUGGAAAGCCGCACUCAAGAUAAUAUCGGAGGAAAGUGGUGUCCCGAUCGCCGAACUGUCGCCCGAAGCAGCAUUCGAUGAUCUAGGAGUGGAUUCGCUUCUUGCGUUGCUCUGCGCCAGCCGCUUCCGCGAGGAACUAGGCUUGCACUACGAGUCAUCCAUCUUCCUGGAUCAUCCCACCAUCAAGGAGUUAGAAACAUUCUGGAAGCAGGGGGCACCCGAGACCGGAACAGUCACUGUGAGCGGCCGCGACGCUGUCCUAAACUCCAUGUUUGCCGAAGCAGAAGCAGAGGUCGACCAAGACAAGAGCAGUAGCGACGGGGACCGAUCAUCACUAGGCACCAGCUCGUACGAAGUUAUCAAUGCCAACACGACAGAAACCACGCCGGAGAUCAGCAAAACUUGUUUACCCAAGAUCUCCGCAACCUCGCUUCUCCUACAGGGCAACCCAGCUCUGCCCUCAACAGUCAAGACUCUAUUCCUGCUCCCAGACGGCUCCGGAUCGUGUUCCUCCUAUGCAGGGCUUCCGCGUAUCCACCCAUCCAUAGCUGUCGUAGGCGUGAACUGCCCAUUCAUGAAAAGCCCAGAGUCCUACACAUGCGGUAUCGACGAGGUCACGCAGAUGUACAUCACAGAAAUCCGGCGGCGCCAGCCCCAUGGACCGUAUGCGCUCGGUGGAUGGUCUGUGGGUGGUAUCUUCUCCUAUCACAUCGCACAACAGCUGUCAGCGCAAGGCGAGCAAGUCAGCGAGUUGAUUCUCAUCGACUGCCCGGUCCCCAAGGGUCUGGACCACCUCCCACGCCGCUACUACGAGUACUGCGAUACGAUCGGGCUACUCGGCGACGUGAACGGAGUCAAACGAGAACCGCCACCCUGGCUGAUUCCCCAUUUCGAGGCUUGCGUCAACAGUCUGCAUUCGUACCACGCAACACCCUUCGUCUCUGACGACGUGCCCCGUACACAAAUUAUCUGGGCCUGCGACGCGAUCGACAAACACUGCGAACCCAAGUUCGAGCGGAGACCAGACGACCCGGAGGGACUGAAGUUCCUCACUGCCACUAGAACUGAUUUUGGUCCGUGUGGCUGGGAAACUCUCCUCCCGGAAGAGGAUAUCACCUUGGAUAUGAUGACGGGGGCUAAUCAUUUCAGUAUGAUGAAGGGGGAGUUUGCGAAGCGCUUGAGUGAGAUGAUUGAGGGAUUCUUGAUGAUUGGAAAUUGA